GCGGCAGAGGCGCCCGGACGGCCCCUCGGGCGGCGGUUGGCUCGGCGGCGGGGCCAUGCUAAUGAGCCCGCGGCUUUAUGCCACCUGCCCGGCCCGCCCGCCCGCCGCUCGCCAUGCCGCGCUCCUUCCUGGUCAAGAAGCCCUCCAGCACCCGCGUCCCCAACUACGGCCAACUGGAGACGCGGCGCCAAGAAUCCAACAGGCCAUGUCACACCUGGAUGACGUGGUCUUUUUUGAUCCAGGAUGGUUCGCCUUGCCCGUUGGCACCCUGCAAAGCCAGCCCUCUGAGGAGCCAUGGCCUUGCUCCUGCGAGCCUCUCCCCCCCUCUUCUGCAGGGCAGGGAGGCCAGAGGGGAGCCCACCGUGAACCCCCAUAGUGGAGAGAGGCCUGGGGGCAGCCGGGGUUCGGCCACCCCUCUUCGGGAUAACCUAAACAAUCUCAACCUCCCGCCGGCCUUCAGCCUGCUCCCCUGGAGGACGUGUCCUGGUCUGGGUCGCCUGGCAGAGGCAGAAGGACACCGGCUGCCGGCAGAGCCCGGCAGGAGGACCGGUCCCCUGGAGAGGUUCAAAUGCCUGGACUGCCACAAGCCCUUCAGCACUUUCUCCAGCCUGGCCCGGCACAGGCAGCAGCAGCGUUGCAAGCUGCAAGCUGUGGCGACAACAAAGUUCUUCAGCUGCAAAUACUGUGACAAGGAGUACACCAGCCUGGGGGCCCUCAAGAUGCACAUCCGAACGCACACCCUGCCCUGUGUGUGCAAGAUUUGCAACAAAGCCUUUUCCCGGCCUUGGUUGCUCCAAGGGCACAUCCGGACACACACAGGUGAAAAGCCCUAUUCGUGCUCCCACUGCAGCCGAGCCUUUGCCGACCGCUCCAACCUGCGAGCUCACCUGCAGACCCACGCGGAGAUCAAAAGGUACCAGUGCUGCGCCUGCUCCAAGACCUUCUCCCGGAUGUCCCUGCUGUUGAGGCACAAGGAGGCCGCAUCCUGUGCUCCGGCAUCCUGAGGCCAGGCACAGAGUGUGGCUGUUUAUCAGCAGGAAGAGCUGUGGAGGAGGGAUGACCCGCAAGCUGGAGGCUGGGUUGCAUCCUGCAGCAGGAGCCGGUUAGCUGACCAUGUGUACCUCCGUUCUGGAGAAGUGUGGUUCGACCCCAGCAGGAUCUAGGUACCUCUCUGCUUUCAGACAGAGGAAAAGCGCCCCACUCUUCUGUGCAAUAAAGCAGUAAAAGGAGUUGUGUCCUAGGCUGAUUGUAAACCCCUUCCACGAAUUGCUCUCCUCAUCUAAAUCUACCUGAAUAAGACAGUUUUGGUG